GGGGAGCCUACUUGGAAUGAACCUACCAGUGAGCGCGCCUCCGAGAAGUUAAAACAGCUGUCUAGCUGCGGAACACGACACGGGACCAUGGAGAUACUGAGAUAAUGCUACUGUUAUGCCUUGUUCUGAGGGCAAAGAGUCCAGGGAAGUAGUUUUGUAUUGUUUAUCCUCCUGCGCUACAUUGCAAAGUGUUGUCCAACAAGAAGUCGCAGAUUCAUGAUUUGUUUUUGUAUAGAACCGAGGAUUAGGCUACUGGCGGGGUCUCGAGUUCUCGAAGGAGAUUUUAGUGGUUCGGAAACACUUUUUGUAAGCAGGAAUGGCCACGGCACGGCUGGACUAUAUCGCUCCAUGGUGGACCUACUGGCUGCACAAUUUCCCCCACUUCAACUUCACCUUCCAGCCUGUUGACAACACCUUCAGACCCGGGGAAGAGAGCUACCAGCAGUCUCUGGUCUUCCUAGCCUGUAUAUCAGCCGCUGGACUAGUCCUGAGCCUCCUGCUGCUGUCUGUCUACCUGACCAGUCUGUGCUGCUGCAGGAAGAAGGAUGAGGAGGAGACCAAGAGGCCUGACGCCUGCUGUGUCUCCUGGAUGGCUGUCAUCACUGGACUCAUCCUAUGCUCUGCUGUUGGAGUAGGUUUCUAUGGUAACAGUGAGACCAAUGACGGGGUGUACCAGCUGACCUACUCCCUCCACAAUGCCAACCACACUCUGGGUGGCAUCAAUAGCUUGGUCUCCAGUUCUCUGGGCAAUAUGGAGGUGGGUCUGCAGCAGCACCUGAACCGUCUGGAUGAGAUCUUCGCUACGCAGGGAGACUAUGUCCAGGCCCUGAGGUUCAUGGGUCAGAUGGCUGACAACAUCAUCAGACAGCUGACCGCCAUGCCGGACCUCAGCAAGGCCAAGGUGGACCUGUCGGCCAUCGCUGACCAGACAGCAUACGUAGAGUACUACAGGUGGCUGACCUACCUGCUACUGCUGAUCCUAGAUCUGGUUAUAUGCCUGGUGGCCUGUCUGGGGGUGGCCAAGCAGUCCCGUUGGCUACUCACCAUGAUCAUGGUGUUUGGGGUGAUAUCUCUGGUCCUGAGCUGGGUAUCACUAGCAGCAGGCACUGCUACUGCCGUGGGCACCAGUGACUUCUGUGUGUCUCCAGACAAGUUCAUAGUGAACAGGACCAAGGAGUUCCUCAGUGCAGAAGUGACACACUACUACCUGUAUUGCAGUCUACCCAACCCUUUCCAACAGUCUCUGACUAUCUUCCAGAGGUCUCUGACCACCAUGCAGAUCCAAAUACAGGGACUACUGCAGUUCUCUGUACCUGUCUUCCCCACUGCUGAGAGAGAUCUUCUGGGGAUCCAGCGCCUGCUGAACUCUACAGAGUUCAACAUGCACCAGUUAACAGCCCUGCUAGACUGCAGGGGGCUCCAUAAGAACUACCUGGAUGGUCUGAUGGGGGUGUGUUAUGACGGGGUGGAGGGUCUCCUCUACCUCUGCCUCUUCUCUCUGCUGUCGGUCAGUGCCUUCUGUGCCAUGCUGUGUGCCAUCCCCCGGGCAUGGACCCUCAUCGCCAGCAGGGACAGGGACAAUGACGACAUCGAUGAGGAGGAUCCGUUUAACCCCCAGGCCCGUCAUAUGGCCUACAACCCCAGUAGAGCCAGCCAUGUACACAGCUUCUGUAGCUACAGCAGCAGUCUGGACAGCCAGGCCAGUCUACACCCUCCACCACAGACUGCUGCCAUCCUCCCCACCUCAGAGUACAUGAAUCAGUCUAUGCUGUUUGGAGGGAACCCUCGCUAUGAGAACGUUCCUCUGAUCGGGAGGGGAUCCCCGCCACCCUCGACAUUUAGAAACAUAUUCUCCCAGAAUGAGGACCACCUACCUGUCUAUGACUGACACACAGAUCAGACACUUCGGGACAGACUUCCAGCAGGUGUAGCCCCCAACCAUGACCUACUGGUGCCCCUCAGGAAGGGUCUGUCUGGGACACACUGUGGUGGCUGACUGGGACUACCACUGUACUGAGGAAGCUGUGUUUACAGAUAACCCUGUCCAUGGAUGUCUUACCCUGCUCUCCUGGCCAUCUGUUACUUAAAUGCAGGAGGUAUGGGGCCAACAACACCUCAGGAACACACUGACGCUCUUCAAGUCCUGUACUGUACAUGUAGAAACCAGGAGACUACAUAUAAUCCCAAGUGUAAAGUGCACUUGCAUCUACCCAGACAAACUGACAAUUCAGUUAUGUGUUUUCUUCAAAUGUUCGUCUGGAGCCAGAUCAAAAGACAUGAUUAUUAUGGACCAAGUUGAACAUUUAUAUUUUCCCUGCGAGUGACAUCACCUACGAUGGAUUUCAGGGGGCAACAAAUAACCAGAUGGAUUUCCUUCAGAGUUAUGACAUGAACUCUCUUCAGUCUUCAUCAACCUAUCAUCACUAUUACAAACUGUCAUCUAGCCAGACUAGCAUUCAGCACCUCUUACAGUUGACUACACAGCUCUUACACAUCUGACAAAACCCAAAGCCUUCAUAAUGUCUUCCCUCAGAGAGAUGCGUCAAACUUGAUGAAAACGGACACUGUAUUUUCACUUGUCUUUCAUGUUAUUCAUUGAACCUAAAAGGGUUCUUCGGCUGUCCACAUAGGAGAACCCUUUGAAGAACCCUUUUUGGUUCCAGGU